UCACGUUAGCAAAGGCACGCUAACGUGGAGAGAAGAGCGAGUGCGAUUAAAGUGCGAGUCUGUGGCAGGAGUCAGGACAGCGAUACGAAACUCGUUCGGCACCCCUGUGCCUGCUUCCUGCCUGUGGAGGGCAGCAUCUCAUAUCACAGCCGUGAUUACUCAUCGCGCAGCCGGAAGCUCAUGAGCAGAAGACGAAGAAGAGUACCAGCUAAAAUCCUAAAUCGUGUCAGUGAGGGGCCAAGACAGCACGCGAGACACACCGAAAUAGUUACUUUGACAAUGCUUCCACUAUCUCUGCUGAAAACGGCCCAAAACCAUCCUAUGCUGGUGGAGCUGAAGAACGGAGAGACGUACAAUGGUCACCUGGUUAGCUGUGACAACUGGAUGAACAUCAACCUGAGAGAAGUCAUUUGCACCUCAAGGGAUGGAGAUAAGUUCUGGAGGAUGCCCGAGUGCUACAUCAGAGGAAGCACCAUCAAGUACCUGCGAAUCCCCGAUGAAAUCAUUGACAUGGUGAAGGAGGAGGUGGUGUCUAAGGGACGGGGACGUGGAGGCCCCCAGCAGAACAAACAGCAGGGAAAAGGAAGAGGAGGAGGACAGGGAGGACAGGGAGGAGGAGGAGCUGGCCGAGGUCUGUUUGGCGGCCGUGGCAGAGGAAUGUCUGGUCCCAGUCGGGGCCAGCAGCAGCAGCUGCAGCUGCAGCCGCAGGAUAAGAAAACGGGCAAACCGCAGGGAAUGAAAAACCAGCACUGACGGACAACAUUACACCUUGAAGAAUACAUCCUGUUAUUCAGAGCGAUUUCUCCUUAAAAGAUAAAAAUUAACUCUCCUUCCGCUGUGAUUGUCUGGACUGACCAUCGCAGAAAUCACAACGGGAGACGUUAAGAGAAGCUGUGCUUUUGCACCAAAUUUUGUUUUUUAGCGUCAGUAAGUUGGUAUUAACAUUUUUUUUGGUUUUUUUUAGCAUGGCCCCAUGCCAGUGUAUCAGCCACAUCUGACAGACUCCGUCUUUAGUAUACUUUGAUAAUGUGUUAUUACAACUUUGCAAGAACAUUUUGUGUCAUAAAUCCCAUUGUACUAUCCAAAAACAGUUGGUACACUGGAAUGAGGUUUUUAUUUUUUAUUUUUUUUGUCAACUUGUCUCCUCUGGUGUAUAUUUCAAGGUAAAGACAUUUGCCCAGCCCCAAAUCUUGCAUCAAUAUUUUUUUUAACUUUAGCUCUUUAUUUGUGUGGUGUUUGCGACGUUCUGUAGUUGGUCUGCUGUGCCGGAUGGUUUGAUCAUGACAGGUGGACCAGUAGACUGGCAGUUAAUGGGGAUGAGAUUUCAGUCCCUGAAAAUGAACACUUUUGUUAAAGCAUUUCUAAGAUGACACAUUAUGAUCAUUAGGAUUUCCAGAAAAAAAUAUUCUCACAUUCUUAAAUCUGAAAGGAAAAAGUUCAAUGGGUUUUGUUGGUUGGGUUUCAUUUUAUUUUUGCAACAAAAGAUGGUGUAAUUUAUGAACAUGAGAAUAAAAUAACUUUUGUUAAA